AUGAAAGAAUUUAAUAAAUUAAAUAUUUAUUACGGUAAAAAAUACCCUUUUGCAUGUAAAACAGUUUAUAAUAUAUAUAUAAACAAUAUAAGAAAACAUAAGUUGAAUAUUGAAAAUAUAGAAGAAAAGAUACAAUUUUUAAAUGAUGAAAAAGUAGAGGAAAUAAAAGUAGAAUUUUUAAAUGACAAUUCAUCUGAUACAAAUUAUAUAUUAAGUAGGGAUAAAAUAUUUGCAAAAAAUUUAGAUCAUAUAUUGAAGACAAAUUUAUAUUAUAUUUUAUGUGAAAAUAAAAAAAACAAAGUUCUGAAUGCAUAUGUUCAAACUCAAUAUGAUGAAUGGAUUGACUUUUUUAGAUAUAAAAAUUUACAAAAAGAUAUAGUAAGUAUAUGUGAAUAUAUUGAUAGGCAUUUGCAUUUAAAUACAUUUAUAUCAUCUCAUUUUUUAACUUUGUCUGAUUUAUAUGUAUUUUAUGAAAUGUAUAAAUAUUUUAACGUAAAUAGUUGCUAUUUUAUAAAGUACUCUAAACAGUACAAAAAUAUAAAUAGAUGGUUUAAAUUAAUAAAUUGCCUGCUGAAUUUUGAAGACAAUGAAUUAAGAAAUCAUUUAAAAGAAGAAAGUGAAUUGAAGAUAUCAGAUACAACAAAAGAUAAUGGAAAUCAAGGAAUAAAACAGAAAAAUAUAUCUACUUCUUAUUCAGGAAAAUUAGAAAAUGCAGAAGUAGGAAAAGUAGUAACUAGAUUUCCACCUGAACCAUCAGGUUAUUUACAUAUUGGUCAUGCAAAGGCAGCAUUUUUAAAUAGUUAUUAUGCAAAUAUGUAUAAUGGAAAAAUGCUUUUACGAUUUGAUGAUACUAAUCCAAUACUAGAAGAUAUUAAAUAUGAAAAAUCUAUUAUGGAAGAUUUGCAAAAUUUAGGUUUAAAGUAUGAAAAAAUUUCGUACACAUCUGAUUAUUUUGAUUUAUUAGAAGAUUACUGUGUAAAAUUAAUAAGAAUGAAUAAGGCAUAUGCAGAUGACACAAACGUAGAAGAUAUGAGAAAUCAAAGAGGAGAAGGUAUUGAAUCUGUAAAUAGGGAAAAUUCUAUUGAGAAAAAUUUAGAAUUAUUUGAAGAAAUGAAAAAAGGAACAGAAAUUGGUCAAAAAAAUUGUAUAAGAGCAAAAAUAAAUAUGCAAAGUAAAAAUAAGUGUAUGAGAGAUCCCGUUUUAUAUAGAUGUGUAGUGGAUGUUCCACAUCAUAAACAUCAUUUUAAAUAUAAAUGUUAUCCAACCUAUGAUUUUGCAUGUCCAAUAAUAGAUUCUAUAGAAGGUGUAACACAUGCUUUAAGAACGAACGAAUACAGUGACAGAAUUGAACAAUAUAAUUGGGUUAUAUCUACUUUGCAACUAAGAAAAGUGUCUAUUUAUGAAUUUAGUAGAAUAUCAUUUGUUAGAACGGUUAUGUCUAAAAGAAAAUUAAAAUGGUUUGUUGAAAAUAAUGUUGUUGAUAGUUGGUUGGAUCCUCGUAUGCCUACCAUAAAAGGUAUAUUAAGAAGAGGGUUAACUAAAGAAGCAUUAUUUCAGUUUAUUUUAGAACAAGGCCCAUCUAAAUCAGGAAAUUUAAUGCAAUGGGAUAAACUGUGGUCUAUUAAUAAACAAAUAAUAGAUCCAAUUGUACCUAGAUAUGCUGCUGUUGAUAAAAAGAAAGCUGUUUUAUUAACAUUAAGUGAUUUGAAAAGUGAUAUAAUUGAAAAACAAAGAGACUUACAUAUGAAAAAUAAAUCAUUAGGUACAUGCAAAAUGUAUUAUACUAACAAGUUUUUGAUUGAACUAGAAGAUGCAACAACAUUAUGCGAAAAAGAAGAAAUUACUUUAAUAAAAUUAGGUAAUGUUAUUAUUACUAAUAUUAUUAAAAAUGAAGAAAAUAUAAAAGAAAUAAUAGCUACUUCUAAUUUUCAAGGUGAUUUUAAAACUACAAAAAAGAAAAUUCAUUGGCUACCUUAUAUUAUUGAAAAAUUAAUUACAUGCACUUUAUAUGAAUACGAUCAUUUAAUAACAGUUGAUAAAUUUGAAAGUGAUGAUAAAAAUGAUUGGAAAAAUUUUAUUAACUAUAAUAGUAAAUUUGAAACAACGGUAUAUGCUGAUCCUGCUAUAACUUCUCUAAAAGUUUCAGAUAAGUUACAGUUUGAAAGGAGAGGCUAUUUUAUAGUUGACCAAGUGUGUAACAAUCAACUUCAUUUAAUUAAAAUUCCUGAUGGAAAAUCAAAAAAUAUGUCUAUAAUUGGCACAAAAGUAGAUCCUAAAAGCUUGGCUGGAACUAAAGAUAAGGUUAUUAAUACUUGUGAAAAAAAAAAAAAAAAAUAA